GCUACACUUAAUGGGGAAUUCGACGGCAGCGAUUAUUGCCGAAAUUUGUACCAUUAAACCAAGGCAUUCUUGUUAAAGCAUAAUGUCUUCUGGUGCAUCAGGAGGCUAUGCGACAGCAGGAGGAGGAGCUGCCCCACCCCCACCACCACCCCAGGGAUCUGGAAGUUAUUCACAAUAUCAGCAACCAGCUAGUGGAUAUUCCUCCGAUAACUAUACAUCAUCAGGAUACAACUAUUAUUCAUCUAACCAAUAUCAAGGACAGCAGCAACCACCCCAGCCACCAGUUCCACCCACGACAACACAGACCCCGUCACAAUAUUCUACAUCAGCAGCAUCCUAUUCAACAUCAUCAGCACCACCACCAACAACACAGUAUUCAACAGCAGCAACACCAACAGACUCACAGUACUCAACAUCACAGAGUCAACAAUAUUCAACAAGUGGAAGUAACACACAACCUUACUCUCAGUAUAAUUAUUCUCAAUAUGGCAAUUAUACUCCUGAACAGUAUCAACAGAUGUGGGCCAAUUAUAACCAGUAUCAACAAAGCUCUAAUACAGGCUACCAACAAGCAGGCCAAACUCAACCAGUAACGACAAGUAGUACUACUCCUACUCAACAGGCACCUACUCAGGCUACUGGAUACCAGCAACAAAGUCCUGCAAAUCCACCAUUACCGGCAACUCCCACAACUCCUGGUUACCCAGCAGCCAGUCCAGCAAGUCAGCCUAGUUCAAUGCCAGGAGCUGUUCCUACAACCAAUGCAAGUAGUACACCGACUAGUGGACAACCUUAUCAACAAGGAACAGGGUAUCAAGGAUCUAGCUACCCACCAACAGGCUAUCAGCAGGGAAGUAACUGGUACCAACAGGGACAAGGCAAUUAUGGGUACCAGUCUAGUUCAGGCUCUGGAUACCAGCAAAGCACACAGCAAGGAACAAAUCAGCCACCACCUCCACCAGAUAAAACAAAAGAGCCAACACCAGAAAAGGCUACUUCAUCUUAUCAAGGAUAUCAGCAGUCAGGAGACAGUUAUGGCUAUCAGCAGUCUGCUCCAGGAUACCAGCAAGCGAAAGGUACUGAAAGCUAUUCACAGGCAGGAAAUUACCAGUCCCAGAGCAGCAGUGGAUACCAAACUGCUCCAGGCAAUACAGGAUACCAGCAGGCACAAGGGGCUUCUAGUUACCAAUCAGCACCACCAGUAGGUACAGGAUACCAGCAGCCACAAGGUUCUUCUGGAUACCAAACAGCCCCAGGCAGUACAGGUUAUCAGCAGGCACAAGGGUCAUCUGGUUACCAAACAGGACCUGCCAGUACUGGAUACCAGCAGCCUCCUUCAUCAACUGGUUACCAAACAGGACAAGGAAGCACUGGAUAUCAACAAAAUCAAGGAAGCACUGGAUAUCAACAAAAUCAAGGAAGCAGUGGAUAUCAACAAGGACAAGGUAACACUGGCUACCAGCAAAGUCAAGGAGGAACUGGAUACCAACAAGGACCAGGUGGAUACCAGCAAGGGGAGGUCAAGGGAAACACAGGAUAUCAGCAGGGCUCAGAUGUCUCUGGGUACCAGCAAGGAUCUGGUCCUGGAGGCUACAAACAGGACUCUACUGAUUAUCAGUCCAGCUAUCCCAAAGAUCCUGAAGGAUAUGGCAGUCAGCCACCAAUCAGUGGUUACAAGGACAAUAGUUCUGGUUACAAAGAUAGCAGUUCAAGUUACCAGCAAGAUGCUAGAUACCAACAAGGGAAAGACAGUAACCAGCCUGGAAGUAACUAUGACUACCAACAGUCAGGUCCUACUACUGAUUACCAACAAGGACCAAACUGGAAUCAAGGUGACACAAAACCAGCAUCCAGGUGGGGAAAUCAAACUGACACAAAGCCAGCAUCCAGAUGGGGAGAUCAAAGUGACACAAAGCCAGUGUCAAAAUGGGACCAAGUUGAUCCAAAGCCAGCAUCCAGAUGGGGGAAUCAAGGUGAUCCAAAACCAGCAUCAAAAUGGGAUCAAGUUGAUCCAAAGCCAACAUCCAGAUGGGGGAAUCAAGGUGACGCAAAGCCAGCAUCCAGAUGGGGGAAUCAACAGCCGGAAUCAAAUUAUGACAAACAUGGCCCAAGUCCGGAAAAUUAUUCUCCAGGAAACCUAGGACCAGCAGUACCGCCAAGUAACCAGAAACCAGGAUAUGGUGAUUAUCAACCGCCACCACCAGCCAGAACUACAGGCUUCAAUCCUGAUAAUUUUCCAGCUGAUGAUAUGUAUGACGAAGGUCCGCCAGAUACCAGUGACAAACCAUUUAUGACAGGCAUGGUUCCUUCACAAAGAGAUUAUUCAAGAGAUGAUGAUAGAUUUGAUCGCAGAGGACGGGGAAGAGACUUCAGAGGUGGUCGGGGUGGACGUGGUCGUGGUUAUGAUGGAACUGAUGAUCGUGAUAGUUUUGGACACCGAGGUGGUCGUGGUGGACGAGGUGGUAGAGAUCAAGACGAUCGUUUUGAUAGAGGCAGAGGAAUGGGUGGUGACCGUUUUGCAGGUCGUGGUGAAAGAAGGGAAUCAGAAGACAGAUUUGAAGGACGGGGCAGAGGUAGAGAUUUUGGAGGAGGAGGACGUGGUCGUGGUGGAUUUGGACAUGAUGAUGUGGUGAAAGGAGAAUUUGACGAUAAUAGAGUAAGAGGGAAAAGUUUACUUGGUGAAUUUGCAAGUGAAAACAGAGGGAGAGGUGGAGACUUUUUUGGUGAUAACAGAGGGAGAGAAGGCGACCUAAUGGGAGAUAACAGAGGGAGAGGUGGAGAUUUUAUGGGAGAUUCUAGAGGCAGACCUAGGGACUUUGGAGAUAACAGAGGAAGAGGUGGUUUUGGUGGUGACCGAAGAGGUGAUCAUAGAGGUGGAUUUGGAGGUGACAGAAGAGGUGGAUUUGAAAAUGACAGAAGAGGUGGAUUUGGAGGUGACCAUAGAGGUGGGUUUGGAGGUGACAGAAGAGGUGGAUUUGAAAAUGACAGAAGAGGUGGAUUUGAAAAUGACAGAAGAGGUGGAUUUGAAAAUGACAGGAGAGGGGGAUUUGAAAAUGAUAGGAGAGGUGGAUUUGAAAAUGAAAGGAGAGGUGGAUUUGGAGGUGACAGAAGAGGUGGAUUUGAAAAUGACAGGAGAGGUGGAUUUGGAGGUGACAGAAGAGGUGGAUUUCAUGGUGGAAGAGGGAGUGGAGGAAUGAAUGAGAGGGAAAGUUCUUGGGACAAUUCUAGGGACAGAGACAGUUCAAAGGACAGAGAAAACUCUGGUUCAGUUAGAGCUCCAAGUAGGUCAUUUGGUGGAAGGAAGGACAGUUUUAAUGAUAAUGAACAUAAGAAUAAAAUGGACAUUGUUAAGGAGGACAGACAAGCUAAACGCAAAACAGAAAAUGUGUCUUCUCUUGUUGAAGAGAAAAAGUCUCAACCUCCUGUCAAGAUAGCUAAAGUUGACCCUCUAAAGCCAGAUAAAGAGAAGAAAGAAGUGAAAGAGGAAAAGACAGAUGACCUGAAGAAAACAGAAGAUGAGUUGAAGAAAAUAGAUGAUGAACCAAUGGAAAGCAAAGGCAAUUAUUCCGAUAUUGAUGAAGCGGAACUUGACAAGAAGAUUGAGGCCAUGAAACAACCAUUGUACUGUAAACUCUGUGAAACUAAAUUGAACAAUGCAACACAAGCAAAACAGCAUUAUGAGGGCAAACCACACAUGAAGAAAGUCAGAGCAUACAAAAAUCAGGCAGCACUUGACGCCACAUUGGCAAAAAUAGCAGCUAAGAAGACUGGCAUUCCGACUGAUGAAAAGAAAACUGCUGAAAGUGAAAAAAAGAGUGAAGGAGAGAAGAAAGCCAAUGAAGUAUCACAAAAAACUGAGAAUGGAGAGAAAAAGGAAGCUGAUACAAAACCAGGGGAUAUAAACUUUCCAGAUUGUUGCGAUAUAUGUGAGAUGGCAUUCCAGCACCCAUCAAUGGCAGAGGCCCAUUUCAAGGGUAAAAAUCAUAAAAAGAAGAUGUUAAAGUUAGAAGGCAAACAAGAUGUUGGAUUUGAACUUUUAAAGGAAGAUGCUCCACAUAUUUCCAAGGAAGUAGAAAUAUUUAAGUGUUGUUUAUGUAAUCAUCAGACAAUGUUUGAAGACAAUAUAUUUGAACAUUUAAAUAGUGAAAAGCACAGACAGAAAGCAGGACGUGGUCCUCUGCCUGUGUAUGGGCCUGGUGGAAAAAUAACAAUGACAAAAGAUGAUGGACCAAGUUUGCUUGGACCAGGUCCACCUUCAGUGCUUGGUCAUGGCCCAAGACCACCAGUAAAAAAGGGACCAGGACCACCAUCACUCUUAGAUUUAGAUGAACCACCUCCUAGAGCCCUGUUAGACUUGAGACUUGCCAGAGGGGGUCCUAGGAGACCUAGUAUAGAACCUGGUCCUGGAAUGAUGAUAGAUAACCCUCCAUCUAAUAGGUCUCCAUUAUUUGAUGGUCCCCCAAGGCGAUUUGAUGGACCAAGGGGUCGUGGUGGUUUUGAUGGACCUAGAGGUCAUGAUGAUUUUGAUAGACCCAGGGGUCCUUUUGGAGGUGAUGGACCUAGGGAUUUUGAUGAUUUUGAUGGGCCAAGAGGCACUAGGGGCUUUGAUGGACCUAGAGGCCCUGGGGGCUUUGAUGGACCAAGAGGUCCUGGAGGCUUUGAUGGACCAAGAGGUUCUGGAGGCUUUGAUGGACCAAGAGGUCCUGGAGGCUUUGAUGGACCAAGAGGUCCUGGGGGCUUUGAUGGACCAAGAGGUCGUGGUGGCUUUGAUAGACAUAGAGGACGUGGUGGCUUUGAUGGACCAAGGGGCCGUGACGAUUUUGAUGGACCUAGGGGUCCUUUUGGAUUUGAUGGACCUAGGGACUUUGAUGAUUUUGAUGGGCCGAGGGGUCGUUUAGGAUUUGAUGGACCUAGGGAUCGUGGGGGUUUUGAUGGACCAAGAGGCAUGUUUGAUAUGCCUCAUGAUCGAUUCCGUGAACCAUUCAGGGAAAGACCUCCUUUUGAUCUUAUGGAAGUUAGUGAUGAAGAAGUGGACCGUGACCCAAAUCCCUUCAGAAGUUUGGAGAGAAGAGAAAGAAAAUCCAGAAACUUUAGGAACUUUAACCCAGAUAGGAAUGAUGAUUUGCCAUUUGACCGUCGCAAUCGUAGAGGUCCAAUGGGGCGAAGAAAUUCAGCAGAUGAAGAAAUGUCAUGAAUCAUAUUGUCAUCACAGACAAGUGUAGUUGAGUCAUUUUACUGUUUAUAGUACCAUUCAUUUAUACAUCAGCCAUAAACAUACAUCUCAAGUGACCAUUGUUCAACUGUUCAUAAAUUAAUACUGCAUUCCAUAGGUAAAAAGAAAAAUGCAUUUUUGUCUUUGAAUGGUUGAAUUGAUACGUGGGAGUUUUUGUUUAAUCAUUCUGGAUUUUUUAUUGAAGUUCAUGAUUUUAUAUUUUUGUACAGAUUUAUUCAUAUAUGUUUGACAUAGAAAUUGGCUCAUUUAUUUCACAGAAAAAACAACUGCAUUCAUUAAAAUGUUUACAAUAAUUAAGACAUAUUUUCAUCUGAGCAGUGCUAUAAUGGUCACUUGUGUCAUGUCAGAUAUUCUUUUGUUACUUUAUACUAUAACAUAAUGUGUGUGUAUGUCUCUGUCUAGUGGAGUAUCAAAAACAUAGUUUCAUUUUUGUUAGUUCAUCAUAGUUAUCAUUGUGGGAUACUAAGUAUCGUAGAAUUCCUGGGAUACUAAGUGUCGUAGAACUCGCAGGAUUAUAAAAAUUGUAGAAUUAUCAUACAACUCCUGUGAUACUAAGUAUUGUAGUUUUCCUUGGAAGUGGCAAACCAUAAAAGUCUUCACUGAAAUACAAAUCUGGUAUGGCUUAGACAAUCAGAUUCUAGAAAACUAUUAAACAAGUGUAUCUGAAACCAAGUACUCUUUAAAAGUUGGUAUUGUAAAUUGUCUUUUCUUCGAACUAGGUAAAUGAAUGACUCCACAGUAUAAGGCAUAGUUUGAUUGGUCUUGACCAGAGAUGAGAGAACAAGUACUGUGGAUUCAUUUAUUUUCAUGGCUACCCAUUUUCAUGGAUUAAGGACAAAUUAUGUUUUCGUGAAUAUUUGAUUUUGUGGUAGUCUACAUACAGGUCUAUAGAAAAAUUGUACUUCGUUGAACAUUUAAAUUCGUUGUUCACCUGUAUCCACUUAAUCCACGAAAAUUGGUAUUCCACAAAUAAUAAUGAAUCCACUGUAGUAGAUUUAAAACGUCAAUCUCGCACAUCCCCAAAAUGGCUGAAUCUUUGGCUACCUUUGGGGUUAUGCAUGAGUGCUAUUGAUAUUAAAGUAUUGUUACUCUAGGCAUGUCACUAAUUUUGAUUUAUACAUUAAAAAAAAAAAGACUGGUAUCAAAUUACCCCCAGUGUGUAGAAUGUUGCCUGGCCUUAUACUUUUACCCUUUGGUCGACAGGAUGAUGGUUAAAUUUCUAAAGCAUAUUUUAGGUUAUUUUUAUGCAAAUUUAUGGCUAUUCCAUUAAACUGGAAGUGGGAGGGUAGGAAAGGACCUCGAAAUUCCAUCAGCAACCAACAUACUUUGAGGAUCUUACAUAUUACCAUAAAUGACCUAAGACGAAUGUUCAUUUCCUACCCUGACAUUACAUUAAAUCGAGAAACCCUUGAGUGCCUAUUUAGAUCAUUUUCAGUUUUUGUGACCAUAAUGAAGUCUAUAUUCCAACAUUUUCAAUUUUUGUGACCAUAAUGAAGUCUAUAUUCAGGUUAUUUUCAUUUUUUCUUUUGUAUUGAGAUAGUUGGGUGUGUAAUGAUGGUCAGGGGAUUACCGGUAGUUAUUUUAACUAUGUGUAAUUUGACUAAACAUAUAUCUUUACAAUAUAGGAAAUUACACAUACUUUGCUUUAUAUAGUAACAAAAGAAUUGAGGAUUUUAAAGUGGGAUAUUUGGUGUGUAUGUAUGGUUUUAAUAUACAAAGCUGAUGUUAAUUUUUGUUGUUGUUUGGGUUUUGACAUAGUUGUACAUUGUGUUAUAAUUCUGUUAUGAUUUUAAGCAAGCUGUAUUAAAUUGAUGUGUUAUCACAAGUUAAUAUUUACCAAGGCAGAAGGCUGAGGUGAAUAUUAAUUUAGAAUCUUCUAUAAUGAAUGCAUCUUGAUUCUCCAAAGAUAUGGACAUUUAUUGUUUUUUAUGCGACUCGUCGUCAUUUUUAAUGCUUGAAAAUGUUAAGUGUAUAAUUUUGACUUGUUUUUGGUGAAUAUAUGAUUACAUGUAAGAAAGGUAGAUAUAUAUAUGUGAGUCAUUAAGAAAGAAAAUGUUCUUGUAAGUUUUUUUACUAUUUAAAAUAGCAAAUAGCUUAAAAGAUGGUUUAUCAUAUGAUAAGGGUCAUUAAUCACAAAUUUUUUGUUUUGUUUUUAAUUUUUGUAUCUUAAAUUAACGUUUUAUUGAGGUGUAAAUAAAUGUCUUAAAGUUAGUUUGAACCUAAAUUUACAGUUUGAAUCCAAAUUGUAUAGUGCUUAAACAUAAGAAACCAUAUAUGGAUGGUUAUGUAAUAUUACACUUCGUUUAUGUUAAAAUGAAAAUACAUUGGGCAGAUACACAGGAGACAGUAUCCAAAAUAUAUGUAGAAAAAAAUCACACUACUGGAAAACACUUGACAUAUUUUAAAACAGUUCUUCAAUAUGUUGAAAGAGUUAAACCUGAAUCGACAACUUGCAAGAGAAUGAUAUACUGUAAAUUCAGAAAUUAUUGCGAGGUUUAUAUUAAUUUGAGUAUUGCAAUAAUAAGAACUCGCAUUCUCUUAUUUGACAAAUAUAUCUGUAUUUUCCUGAAAUCGCAAUAAUCAAUCUCGCAAUUUUUAGCUAUUCUCAAAGAAUGGCAAUAAUCAAUCUCGUGAUUUUUAGCCAUUCUCAAAGAAUCGCAAUAAUAUCUGAAUUUACAGCAUACAUACAUAGUUUAUUUUGUGAAAUGAAUUUUAUUCCAGAAAAUUUAAAUCAAUACAGAAAAGAUGAGAAGCACUUCUUGCCAUUUUAAUAGAAAAACCAUUAAAUUUUUUUUUCUUCAAAAAAAAUAUUUCUGCUUCAUUUGACCCCUAAGUACUUCACUGUUGAUCAUCAAUACCACUCAGAACUGUGUGAUCUUGAUGUAUAUAAAAUGUAAUUACAAAAAGAAUGUAUGUACGGUUUUAUUUUCAUAUUAGAUGACAUCAUUAAAAACAACAUAACUGAAUGGUUAUUUAUCACAGUAAUUAGAAAUGGAAAUUUAUUUGUAUGCAGCAUUUUGUCAAAUUGUAAUAAAUAAACUUCCAUGUUUGUCCAUUGUUCAACAGUUGCUAAAAUUUCUUGAAUUUACAGUAUCUGUUUCUCGUAGCCUUUUGGUAUGAGCAGGGGAUUUUAAUGUCUUUGUGGCGUUUGUGCCAUUGUAUUCAUCAGAGAAUGAUAGUCAAAGAAGAAAACUAUAAGUUUAAUUAAAAGAUACUAACAGGGCAAUAAAUAGUUGGAAGUACAGACAGUACCAUGGCUAACAGAAGAGAGUUGCAGGAAAGACAAAAAAGUCCACAAAAAUUGCAAUAAAGUUCGGUCAGUACAAAUUCCCAACAGAUUUGGGAUGAACUCUUAGCGCUUUGGAGGCUUAGAAAUUUCUGCUUCAUCUCGUUGUUUUUAUUUAAAUAAUUAUCAUUUCCCUUAUGAACAUGAUUGCAUCUACCGUUUUGUAAAACAUAAACAGUGGGAAAAAUUAUUUGGAACUUAGCACUUGAUGUGGAUAUUUCUUUUUGUAAUGUGUGUAGACUUCCAAGUCUGAGACAUACCAUGAACAAUCAGUGUGAUUGAUGUACAUCUGUUGUUCGGCAAUUAGCCUAUAUUUCUUUGUAUAUAUAACAAGAUCUUCCUGUUUGAAUGUGUGUUGUUAGUGUCGCACUAAAUACAAAUGGAAAAAAAAAAAAAAAGGUGUUUGGUCAUGUGUUAUUAGUGUAAGUGUCGCACUAAAUACAAAUGGAAAAAACAAGAGGUGUUUGGGUUUGUGUUCUAAUGUUAGUGUCACACUAAACAUAAAUGGAAAAAAAAGGUGUUUUGUCGUGUGUUGUUAGUGUAAGCAUAACACUAAAUAUAAAUGGAAAAAAAACAAAAGGUGUUUGGUCGUGUGUUGUUAGUGUAAGUGUAGCAAUUGAUACAAAUAGAAAAAAAAACAAAAGGUGUUUGGUCAUGUGUUGUUAGUGUAAGUGUAACACUAAAUGCAAAUGGAAAAACAAGAGGUGUUUGGUCGUGUGUUGUUAGUGUAAGUGUAACACUAAAUAUAAAUGGAAAAAACAAGAGGUGUUUGGUUUUGUGUUCUUAAUGUUAUUGUUACACUUAAUAUAAAUGAAAAAAACAAGAGGUGUUUUGGUGUCUUAAAAAACCGAGAGAUAUUCCACAACAAAUAAGUGACAUACAUCAUGUACAUGUAUCUUUAUGUUUAGAUGCCCAAAGGACUUCUACAUACAGUCGGUUAGCAUGCUACAUCUUUUUUAUUCUAUGCUUACUAAAAUUGUCAAUGUGUUCUUUUUUUUAUGAUGUGAAUUAUUCUGAGCUCUCCAUUGGUUUAAGUUUAGCUAUGAUGUUCGUUUUUUGUACCCUGUUAAUAGUUUUGCCAAGAAGAGGAGAACGACAAAUAAUCCCUUGUGAUGUCAAACAGAAAAUCAGGCAACAGAUUCACCUCAUAGUUUGCCUACAUUGUCCUGAACAUGCAUAGAUAUUUGCUACUGGACAUAAAGCAAACAAUCUAUAGUUAGCCUACAUAUUUCUUAAGAAUCAUCAAAGAAACAUUGCAAACACCAUUUUCCCACAAAAGACCAUUUAACUUGAAAUCUUUUACACUGCUCAGAAAAUUAUGUUUUACAAUUAAAUACUUUAUGGUCUCAAUUCUUCCUGUAUACAGAGGUAUAAUCUAUAUGUAUAUGCAGCUAACUUGAUUGGAAUUCAUGUUUGUAAAUAUCUACUUUCAAUCUUUCAUAUUAAUACUUGUUAACCAUUUUUUUGCAUCAAUGGUACACCAUUACCAUUUGUCAUAUAAACCUGAUUUAGGAUUUCUGUUUCAUUGUACAACAUUGAUUAAUAAAGUGUUGUUAUUAUA